GCGGCUGUGCGCGUGCGCGCUCGCUCCAGGGCCGCCCUCUCGAGAGGAGCUAGCGGGCGGGUGGUGGAGCAAGCUGACCGUGCUUCGCCUGGGUGAAAGGGCGGCGGCAGCACUGGGCGGGGCAGAGUUUCACGGCGGGCGGCAGGGCUGCGGUGGGUCCUGCAAGCGGCUCAGGCGGGGCGGGGCCGGCCCAGCGGAGUCCGCGCGCGCCCGCACUGAGCUGCCCGCUCCGGCGGCUGCGCUGCUCGCCUGCUGCGGCGUCGCGCCGGGGUCUCCAAGCAUGACCGAGCUGAGGCAGAGAGCGGUCCGCGAACCGGACGCACCGCCAGAGGACAAGGAAUCGGAGUCAGAAGUAAAGGUAGAUGGAGAGACUGCAUCGGACACUGAGAGCCGAGCGGAAGCUGUUCCUUUAUCCACCUCUGCAGACGAUACCCCAGAGGUCCUCAACAGGGCCCUUUCCAACUUGUCUUCAAGAUGGAAGAACUGGUGGGUGAGAGGCAUCCUGACUUUGGCCAUGAUUGCAUUUUUCUUCAUCAUCAUUUACUUGGGACCAAUGGUUUUAAUGAUCAUUGUGAUGUGUGUUCAGAUUAAGUGUUUCCAUGAGAUUAUCACUAUUGGCUACAACGUCUACCACUCCUAUGACCUGCCCUGGUUUAGAACCCUCAGCUGGUACUUUCUACUGUGUGUAAAUUAUUUCUUCUAUGGUGAAACCGUGACGGAUUACUUCUUCACUCUGGUCCAGAGAGAGGAGCCUUUGCGGAUUCUCAGUAAAUACCACCGGUUCAUUUCCUUUACUCUCUAUCUAAUAGGAUUCUGCAUGUUUGUACUGAGUCUGGUCAAGAAGCAUUAUCGACUGCAGUUCUACAUGUUUGGCUGGACGCAUGUAACAUUACUGAUUGUUGUAACCCAGUCACACCUUGUUAUCCACAACCUGUUUGAAGGAAUGAUCUGGUUCAUUGUCCCCAUCUCUUGCGUCAUCUGUAAUGACAUUAUGGCCUACAUGUUUGGCUUCUUCUUUGGUCGGACCCCACUCAUUAAGCUGUCCCCGAAGAAGACCUGGGAAGGCUUCAUUGGGGGCUUCUUUGCUACAGUGGUGUUUGGCCUUCUGCUGUCCUAUGUGAUGUCCGGGUACAGAUGCUUUGUCUGCCCCGUGGAGUACAACAAUGACACCAACAGCUUCACUGUGGACUGUGAGCCCUCGGACCUCUUCCGUCUGCAGGAGUACAACAUUCCUGAGGUGAUCCGGUCGGUCAUUGGCUUGACAACAGUCUGGAUGUACCCCUUCCAGAUCCACAGCAUCGCCCUGUCCACUUUUGCCUCGCUCAUUGGCCCCUUUGGAGGAUUCUUUGCAAGUGGAUUCAAACGAGCCUUUAAAAUCAAAGACUUUGCCAAUACCAUUCCCGGCCAUGGCGGCAUCAUGGAUCGCUUUGACUGCCAGUAUCUGAUGGCUACCUUUGUCAACGUGUACAUUGCCAGUUUUAUCAGGGGCCCGAACCCAAGCAAGCUGAUUCAGCAGUUCCUGACCUUGCGUCCAGAUCAACAACUGCACAUCUUCAACACCCUCAGAUCUCACCUGGCUGACAAGGGGAUGCUGACAGCCGGCACGGAGGAUGAGUAGGGGCCCCAGGGCCGAGAGAGCAAGAGUGAGCAGAGCGAGGGGCAGGGCCCCAAGGCAAGCCCCACUGGUGUGUCUCAGACUAUGACAAGGCUUCAACUCACUGGUGUUUUUUUUUGUUUGUUUGUUUGUUUUUUUUUUGUAGAGUGUUUUUUAUUUGUGGGAUUUAAAAACAAUCUGUAUAUAUACAGUCUAUGUGCUUAUGAUUUGGGUUGUGGGUAAACCAUAGCUUUGAGUUGGAAAGAAGUCACAGGGGUAAGACCAUUUGGGUCUUUUAUACAAAAGUUUUAACCUGGAAGGCAGUGUUGUGCCCACCUGGGGUGGGUCUGCUGGGUACUUCUAGCUCCCAAGCCAGAGCUUCUGUUUCGGUGCUCCAUCAGAGAGUGGAGACGUUCGUCUGUGUCUGACCGGUUCAGAGGACCCCCUGCCUGCCUUGUAGCUGCCCCCCAGCAGGGAAGAGGUGCACAGCUUGGAUGCCUUUGCUCCCCAAGAGCUUUCACACGGGCCUCUUGAGAACACCUGCGCUGGAGUGACGGGACGGUUGCCUUCUGUAGGCUGGAGGGACACAAGCUUAUUAAUCAGAGGAGCAUCCUGCCCACAAAGCCCUGGGGAGCCUGAGCUGUGCUUUACGAGAAGGGUUCACCUUACUUCAUCACAGACUGAAUGAAAGAAGGCUUUGUUUGAUUUUUUUUUUCCCAGAAAGCACAAGAAAUUAUUUAUAAUAGUCUGAAAAAAUACACUGUAAUAUCUCAAGUGUACGCAGUAGAAUGGACUGUAACCGAGCCCUCCCACAGGCUGUAGGCUCUGGUGGCUCCGACUAACUGUGUCUGUUCAGGGACGAUGCUGUUCACGUUUGGGCUGUAGACUUGUUGCUGCUGAAUCUUUUCUGGGGGCUUUCCUGUUAGGGAGCAGGGGGCUUCCUGUUCACGCACCCUUAGCCUGACCAACCACCCACGUAGCUGCUGUGUUGUGUAUAUACUCCUCUUAAGGCAAGUGUGUAUCUGUGUGUGUGUGUGGUUUAAAAAUCACUUAUCCCUUGCAGUGAUUUCAGUUGUACCAUGACUUCUCCACUGAAACCACAGAAUCCUGCUUACAGCUCUGGAAACCUAAUCUGAUUAGAGGUUUGACUCUUCUGAAGAUUCAGUGCACAUUUUUUUUUUUUUUUUAAAUAUAAUGUGACCAGUUUAAAUGUAGCGUGUAUUUCGUUGAGGGACCUUUUUCCUUUUAAACUGUGAUUUAUUUUUUUUUCCCCUGCCUGAUUAUAGGAGUGAGGUUGACUUUGGGAAGACAAGUUCUUUGUCAGGACAGCAAGCAGGGGAGAAUGGGAGAGAGAACUUGGUGCCCAAAUGUGUUUGCUUAUUCUGUGCCACGGCUGUUCUCAUUGCCAAAUGCAGUGCAGAGACCCGCUUCAGCACCUUGGUCUGCGGCCGGUUCAUUCUGUUUCUGUUUAAAUCAGCCCUCCUGCUUCCCUGAAAGCUCACAGUCCACCCAGAUGGCUGCCAUGUGCAGCACAGGGCAGGCCUCCCUCAACACUGCAGCUCUCAGUCACUACGUGACUUUUUCUUCUGAGCGUGUACUUCUGUUUCAGCACAUGGCUUUUCUUUUUCAGGUCCAAGGCCCCCUUAAAAACAAAAUGUGUUUUUGCUUGGGGUUUCUGUUGUGGCUCUGUGACCCUGGGCAGGACAUAGCACUCUCCGGGGCCUCGUUUUCGGAGCUCUCUCCUAAGUCCAGUAUUCUGUGAUUUCUGGCUGAGCAAGUUCUUGUCACCAGAGGCUACUUAUGGGUAUCGAGUGAUGUCCUGGGCACCCAAAAAGCAACAGCUUUCAGGCCAUUUCUAAAUGCUGGUCCUUGAGAUGAGUCAGUAUCUCACCCACAAAUCUUAGUGGAGGUAAUUAGUAACAAGUCUAGUUUUCACAUUGAAGAAUGAACUUGGUUCCUGAGACCAGAGACAGAAGGGGUUGUCUCUGUUGCCUUAUUGUGGGCAUAUGGCGGGGUGCUUGGUGGCUGGGGCCCAGCAACUCCUGAAUAAGGCCAUCUUUGGGAUCGAGGUGACUGGCACAUUCCUUUGUGGAAGUGGUCACCAAGUGGGGAGGGUCCUGGCGUCCCAGGAAGCUGAAGCUGGGUGCUCAUGAGAGCUCUCAGCAAGAAGCCCAGAGGGUCAGCUCGGGUUUUAUCUUCUGAUUUCCCCACAUGCUUUCAGGUCAAAUAAGAGGAGCUUCCUAGCCUAGUAGCUGGGAAAGCGACACCACCUCGUGUCUAUUUAUCUAUAUCUAUAUAUAUGCACAGUGUUUUUCUUUCUCCCAUGUAUUGAAGAUAUUUCACUGUACAGACGAGAUUCAAAAGACUAUUUUAACAUAUACCUGUGCAUUCUUAAUGAAUGGUAUAACUUGCUUCAGAUCCAUUUUUUUGUGUGAGAAAUAAAAUGUGGCUGAAACUGUA